AUGGCUAGAGUAACACCAAUAUUUAAGAAAGGAAAAAGGAAUGAUCCGAAUAACUAUCGACCAAUAUCAGUUAUUUCAGCUGUAGCCAAAAUCUUCGAAAAAUUAAUCUUUGAGCAACUUUAUAAUUACUUCAGUUCUAACAGCUUGUUAACGCAUUGCCAGUCCGGUUUCAGGUCGUUACAUAGUACACUUACUGCUCUUCUUGAAGCCACUAGUAACUGGUCAGUUAAUAUUGACAAUGGCCUCUUCAAUGGAGUAAUAUUUAUCGACCUUAAAAAAGCAUUCGAUACUAUUGAUCAUCAGAUAUUGCUGCGGACGCUUCGAAUUUACGGUAUGGAUCAAUUAAGUCUCGAAUGGUUUCAGUCUUAUUUGACCGGUCGAUCUCAGAAAUGUAAUGUUAGAGGUUGCUUGUCAUCAUCUGCAUCAGUUACACGAGGUGUACCACAGGGAAGUAACUUAGGACCAUUACUCUUCCUUGUGUAUAUUAACGACCUUCCUAAUUGUCUUAGUGCAGCAGUACCGAGAAUGUUUGCUGAUGAUACGAACAUUAGUUAUGCGGCCAACACUAUCGCCGAACUAGAAAAUGUUAUUAAUUCGGAAUUAAAAAAAUUGAAAAGCUGGUUGGAAGCGAACAAUUUAAGCCUUAAUAUCGCCAAGACAGAAUUUAUGAUAAUAGGAUCUCGACAACGUAUGCAUGCGUACACUAACGAAAAUAUCAAUAUUGACCUGGAUGGUCAUGUGAUUAAACAAGUUGAUGAGGCAAAAUCACUAGGUGUAAUUAUUGAUAAAAAUCUGUCUUGGUCUAAACACAUUGAUAUGAAGUGUAAAAAGAUUUCUUCCGCUAUAGGUGCUCUUAAGCGAAUAAAACCAUUUAUAUCAACUGAAACAGCAAUCCAAAUUUACAACGCUAUAAUUCAACCUCACUUUGAUUACUGUAGUCCUAUUUGGGACGAAUUUGGCGCAACAUUAUGUGAAAAAAUGCAAAAAUUGCAGAAUAGAGCUGCUAGAGUGAUUACGAAAUCCAACUACGAUGUCAGCUCUAGCAUUCUCUUAGAGAAACUGCAUUGGGACAAUCUUUCCUUACGUAGGAAAAAGCACAAGUCUAUAUUUUAAUGUUUAAAACUAUCAAUAAGCUAACGCCAGAGUAUUUACAAAACAUGUUUACAUUUCGCAGCACAGAUUAUAACUUAAGAAAUGCAGAAAUGAAGCUAAAUUUACCAAAACCACGUACGGACUUUAUGAAGCGUAGUUUCUGCUACAGUGGAGCAAGUUUAUGGAAUGCGCUUCCUCAAACUGCACGUACGUCCAAAUCAUUGAGGCAUUUCAAAAAUGAAAUUAAUCAAUCAGUCUUGACAUUAUAAUGGGAUCCCCACACGGCAAUCUUGGAAAACAGUGCAUUUUAGUUAGGAAAUUAGUGUGUAUAUAGUGAUGUGUGAAAUUUAUUAAUAGUUUUUGUAUUUUAUUCUACACUGAAGAUUUUACCGUGUUUAAAUAAAUGUUCAAUGUUCAAUGUUCAAUGCUGUUUAGUGCUUGAAAUAUUCGCUAAAAUUGACUGGGAAUACUUAAAGUUUUCAUCGUAGAAUGGCGUGGUUAUAUAUUUAUUCGCUCUUUGACUAAAAUGUUUACCUGUAUUAUUGCUAAACAUGCAGUUUUUGAGAAUUUGCUUUUCAACUAGGUUGAGGCAUCCAACCACGCCAUCAGCCCAUUAAAAACAUUAGGUCACGUCAGCUAGUUUCCUAUCCAUUUAUUUUAUUAUCCAUGGUUAAAUUAAGGAAAGAAAUUUUUGUUUGAAAAAUGUCCUUUAUUUGGUGAAAUGUACCAGUAUUCAGACCUACGUGGAUAAAUCUCAACAGAUUUCAACUGUCACACUAACCUUUUUACCCACAACUACGUGGUGAUUCUCAGAUCAAAUCCUGCAUUUCUCCGAGACCAUGCUAUAUUUCUUAUCAUACUUGGGAUUAAAAAGGAGCGGGCGGAUUUGAACCACCAACUUCUCGAUCUGCAGUCGAAUGCUCUGCCACUGAGCUACACUCCCGACUUUCUUCACCAAGAAUUAAGUAAUACUGAAACUCUUUACAUCCACUACUGUUCUUGUUAAUAUUAAUCUGGCAACAUUGAGCUUUUCUUCAUUCCUUCACCUAAUGUAGUGUCUUAAAAUUUUUACCUUUGUCUCUAUUCGUAGAUUGCGUAGUCGGCUGGAUUUGAACCAGCCCGGUAAUAUCCCAACAGAUUUCUUGUCGGUCGCCUUAACCACUCCACCUCUAGAAACUGUUGAUUCCCAACGUUUUCGUAAAACGAAGUAUUUUUAUCUCUUAAAACAUACGCUACUAUCUAUUGGAAAUCUCUGGUUGGCCGACUUGAAUUAAAGAAAGAAAUUUCUGUUUGAGAAAUGUGCUUUAUUUGUAAAAAUGUCCCAUUAUUCACACCUAUAGGUGGAAAAAUCUUAACAGAUUUCCACCGUACCAUUAACCUAUACCCACGACUACAUGGUGGAUGCUUAUAUUUUUUAUCAUAUUUGGGAAUCAAAAGGAGCCGGCGGAUUUGAUCCACCCACCUCUCGAUCUGCAGUCGAAUGCUCUGCCAUUGAGCUACACUCUACACUUUCUUCUCCACCAAUUAUCUAAUACUCAAAUUAUUUACAUUUACUACUCUUGUUGUCUAUAUUCAUCUAGCAAAAUUGUGCUUUUCUUUAUUCCUUUACCUAACGUAAUGUCAUAAAAUUUUCAGCAAACUUUAUAUAUUCAGAGAUUGCGUAAUCGGCAGGAUUUAAACCUGCGCGGGUAUAUCCCAACAGAUUCCAAGUCUGUCGCCUUAACCGCUCGGCCACGACUAGAAACUAUCGACUUCCAUUGAUCUGGACGUUUUGGAAAAAAAACCUUUUUAUUUCAUCAUUCAGACAUUGGUGGAAAAAUCUCAACAGAUUUCCACUGUCCCACUAACCUCUACCCACGACUACCCAGUGAUUAUAUCUUUUAUCAUAUUUGGGAAUCGAAAGGAGCGGGCGAAUUUGAUCCACCGACCUCUCGAUCUGCAGUCGAGUGCCCUGCCAUUUAGCUAUACUCCCGAUUUCUUCUCUACGAAUUAUCUAAUACUCGAUUAUUUACAUUUACUACUCUUUUUGUUAAUAUUCAUCUAGCAAAAUUGUGCUUCACCUAACGUAAUUAAAAUUUUGACCUUGUCUAUGUUCGUAGAAUGCGUAGUCGGCAGGAUUUGAACCUGCGCGGGAAAAUCCCAACAGAUUUCGAAUAUGUCGCCUUAACCACUCGGCCACGACUACAAACUGUCGAUUCCGUUUGAUGCGGACGUUUUCCUAAAAAGAACUAUUUUUAUUUGUUAAAACAUACACUACUAUCUAUUGAAUACCUAUGGUUGGCGCAGUUAAAUUAAAGAAAUUGUGCUUUAUUUGUAAAAAGUCCCAUUAUUCAGACCUAUAGGUGGAAAAAUCUCGACAAAUUUCCACUGUCCCACUAACCUUCACCCGCGACUACAUAGUGAUUAUCAGAUCUAAUCGUGCUAUUAAUAUUCAUCUAGCAAAAUUGUUUUGCGGGCGGAUUUGAACCACCGACCUCUCGAUCUGCAGUCGAAUGCUCUGCCACUGAGCUACACUCCCGACUUUCUUCUCCAGGAAUUAUGUAAUACACAAAUUCUUUUGACCUACUACUCCUCUUAUUAAUAUUCAUCUAGCAAAAUUGUUCUUUUAUUUAUUCCUUUCCCUAACGUAAUGUCAUAAUAUUUUGACCAAACCUUAUAUAUUCGGAGAUUGCGUAGUCGGCAGGAUUUGAACCUGCGCGGGAAUAUCCCAACAGAUUUCAAGUCUGUCGCCUUAACCACUCGGCCACGACUACAAACUGUCGACUGCCAUUGAUCUGGACGUUUUGGAAAAAGAACUAUUUUUAUUUCAUUCAGACCUGGGUGGAAAAAUCUCAACAGAUUUCCACUGUCCCGCUAAACUCUAACCACGACUACCAAGUUAUUAUAUCUUUUAUCAUAUUUGGGAAUCAAAAGGAGUCGGCGGAUUUGAUCGGUCCACCUCUCGAUCUGCUGUCGAAUGCACUGCCAUUGGGCUACACUCUCGACUUUCUUCUCCACGAAUUAUUUAAUACUCAAAAUAUUUACAUUUGCUACUCUUGUUAAUAUUCAUCUCGCAAAACUGUGCCUUUUUUAUUCCUGCACCUAAUGUAAUUAAAUAUUUUGACCUUGUCUAUCUUCGUAGAUUACGUUGUCGGCAGGAUUUGAACCUGCGCGGGAAAAUCCCAACAGAUUUCUAGUCUGUCGCCUUAACCACUCGGCCACGACUACAACUGCGGAUUCCGUUCGAUGCGGACGUUUUCCUGAAAACAACUAUUUUAUUUGUUAAAACAUACACCACUAUCUAUUGGAAAUCUAUGGAUGGCCCAGUUAAAUUAAAGAAAGAAAUUACUGUUUGAGAAUUGUACUUUAUUUGUAAAAAGUCCCAUUACUCAGACCUAUAGGUGGAAAAAUCUGGACAAAUUUGCACUGUCGCACUAACCUUUACCCACGACUACAUAAUGAUUAUCAGAUCUAAUCGUGCUCUUUGCGGAGACCAUGCUAUGUUAAUUUUUUAUCAUACUUGGGAUUAAAAAGGAGCGGGCGGAUAUGAACCACCGACCUCUCGACUGCAGUCGAAUGCUCUGCCACUGAGCUACACUCCCGACUUUCUUCUCCUGGUAUUAUGUAAUACACAAAUUCUUUUCACCUACUACUCCUCUUAUUAAUAUUCAUCUAGCAAAAUUGUUCUUUUAUUUAUUUAUUUCCCUAACGUAAUGUGAUAAUAUUUUGACCAAACCUUAUAUAUUCGGAGAUUGCGUAGUCGGCAGGAUUUGAACCUGCGCGGGAAUAUCCCAACAGAUUUCGAGUCUGUCGCCUUAACGACUUGGCCACGACUACAAACUGUCAACUGCCAUUGAUCUGGACGUUUUGGAAAAACGAACUAUUUUUAUUCAUUAUUCACACCUGGGUGGAAAAAUCUCAACAGAUUUCCACUGUCUCACUAAACUCUACGCAGGACUACCAAGUGAUUAUAUCUUUUAUCAUAUUUGGGAAUCAAAAGGAAUCGGCGGAUUUGAUUGGUCCACCUCUCGAUCUGCAGUCGAAUGCCCUUCCAAUUUUCUAUACUCCCGACUUUCUUCUCCACGAAUUAUCUAAUGCCAAAUUAUUUACAUUUUCUACCCUUUUUGUUAAUAUUCAUCUCGCAAAAUUGUGCUUUUCUUUAUUCCUUCACAUAACGUAAUUAAAAUUUUGACCUUGUCUAUCUUCGUAGAUUACGUAG